AUGUGUUGGAGGGGCCUCGACGAGAUGGAGGAGUUUGAGAACCCUUUCAGACCGCUGCCGGUCGAAAUCUGCCACAAGGGAGAUCCUCCUGCAAGGACUUUUAGAGUCAAACUGCGGAGGCGACAAGACGGCUUUGGUUUGAACUUCGAUGCAACAGACAGCGCUGUGCUGUUGGUCGGCUGGGUGCCCGAUGGAGGGGCGGCAUCCCAGUGGAACCAGAAGGCUCAGCAGAAGAUCCAGCCCUAUGAUCGUCUGCUGGAGGUCAAUGGCUCCAAGCUCUUCGACUCCGCAAAGAUGCUGAAGGCCGUUUCUGCGGCCGAUGGUCUGGUCGAGUUCUGUUUCGAGCGACCUCGCCCGCAGGAGUUCACCGUGCAUCCCCGUGGGGAGAAGCUGGGCGUGAUUCUCAAGUUUAGCAAGGUCGUCCCCAGCCUCAUAGUCAAGGCGCUUGAUACGAGCGGCGUGCUCGUGAAGACGAAUGUUGCAGAUGCAGCGGUGCAUCUCAAGCCCCAUGACCGGAUUGUCCAGGUCAAUGGGGAGUCUGGAGACUGCAUAGCCAUGACUCGUCAACUGCUUGAGGAGACCGUCACCUUGAAAUGCUGGCAGUACUCCACGUGA